AUGAAGACUCACAAGAACCCUGCCUUGAAGGCUCAGAGUGGUCCGGUACGCAGUGGCCCCAAGCCAUUCUCUGCACCCAAACCCCAAACCAGCCCAUCCCCCAAACCAACCACAAAGAAGGAGCCAGCUCUACUUGAACUGGAAGGCAAGAAGUGGAGAGUGGAAAAUCAGGAGAAUGUUUCCAACCUGGUGAUUGAUGACACAGAGCUGAAACAGGUGGUUUACAUAUACAAAUGUGUCAACACCACAUUGCAAAUCAAGAGCAAAAUUAACUCCAUUACAGUAGAUAACUGUAAGAAACUUGGUCUGGUAUUUGAUGACGUGGUGGGCAUCGUGGAGAUAAUCAAUAGUAGGGAUGUCAAAGUUCAGGUAACGGGUAAAGUGCCAACCAUUUCCAUCAACAAAACAGAUGGCUGCCAUGCUUACUUGAGCAAGAAUUCCCUGGAUUGUGAGAUAGUCAGUGCCAAAUCUUCUGAGAUGAACGUCCUCAUUCCUACGGAAAGCGGUGACUUUAAUGAGUUUUCAGUCCCUGAGCAGUUCAAGACCCUAUGGAAUGGGCAGAAGCUGGUCACCACAGUGACAGAAAUUGCUGGUUAA